CUCUGGAGGCUCCGUGGCCGCUGGGGACACUCCGGAUGGGGGGACACGCCCGGGUGACACUCGAGGAACAGGCGGGUCCGGGUGCGGCCCCUCAACCCCCGCCGGUCCGGCCCCCGCGCCCGCCGCUGUCACCGCCGGGGUCACAGCAAGGGGGGACAGGGACAGGGACAGGGCUGCUCCCCCUGCCCCGUUCCAUCCCGGCUGGCGGAGCCCUGCAGCUGCCCUGGGGGCCCUGGGGCUGCCCCGGGGGCUGCGCCCCGAGCCGGGGCCCCUUCCCAGCGCUCCCAGUCUGCCCAUCCAGCCUGGAGCAGCAGCGAGGGCUUCAGCCGGGACGGCAGAGAGGCGCUGCUGGGGGCCCGCCUCACUUGGGUUUGGUUUGUUCUUCCCAACUCCGGGGAAAAACGACUUGGGGAGUUUUCUGCCACAAAUCUCCCCCCGGCUCCACUCACCCGAAGGAGCUUGGGCGUUUUCCCUUUUUGGGGGAAAUCAAAGCCAUGCACGGAUGCUCCAAAUUAGGGCUAGGAGAACUGAUGGCUUUGCUCGGAGCCGGUAGCAGCCAACACGCAGCGCUGGGAAAGGCGGGCCGGGAGGUGCGGAGAACUUUGUUGGUGUUUGCAGCUCGAUGCCGCCUCGGGCCCGGGCCCGUGCCAGGGCUGUUCCUCAUCUCCGCCUUUCCCCUCACACAGCCCGGGGGGCGCUGAGAGCGCGGGCCGAGGCUGGGCCGUGUGCAGAGCCCGGGGCUGGCUGUGUGCGAUUGGCUGAUUGUGGCGUCAGUCGUGGUUGUGCGGCGCUGAUUGGGCAGAGCGGGGAGCAGGCCGGGGCCGGGCCCGCCCCCCGAGAGGCGCCAUGGGCGGAGCGCGUGUGCGGGCCCGGGAGCGGCGGCAGCGGCCGGAGCCCGGUGAGGCGGCGGCGGAGCUCGGAGGCGGCCCCAGCGCAGGAUUUUUCAUUCCCAAGGAGUGUCCUGAUGGAGGAGGAGGAAAAGCCCCAGAGAUCCCGCCCGAGGAGGGGCUGCAAACCCAGCGCAGGGAGCUGCAAGGAGGAAAGACCCCCCCUGUGCCAGGAGGGCGGCCGGAGAUGCAGGCGGAGCUCAGAGCUGGGGGAGAAGCCUGAUGGAGGGGAGAAGGCUCACAAGUGCUUGGAAUGUGGGAAGGCUUUCAGCUACAGCUGCCACCUGAUCCGGCACCAGGUGAUCCACACUGGGGAACGGCCCUAUGAGUGUGGGGAGUGUGGGAAGAGCUUCAACCUCAGCUCCAGCCUGGUCCAACACAAGAGGAUCCACACUGGGGAACGGCCUUUUGCAUGUGGGGAAUGUGGGAAGAGGUUCAGCCAGAGCUCCAGCCUGAAUCAACACCAGAGGAUCCACACUGGGGAAAAGCCUUAUGAGUGUGGGGAGUGUGGAAAGAGCUUCAGGCUGAAGGGCAGUCUGAUAGAACACCAAGUUAUCCACACUGGAGAACAGCCUUAUGAGUGUGGGGAGUGUGGGAAGAGCUUCAGCCACAGCUCCAGUCUGAUCCGGCACCAGAGGAUCCACACUGGGCAACGGCCCUUUAAGUGUGGGGAAUGCAGGAUGAGCUUCAGCCAGAACUCCAGCCUGAUUCAACACCAGAGGAUCCACACUGGGGAAAAGCCAUACAAAUGUGGGGAAUGUGGGAAGAGCUUCAGCCAGAGGGGCGGUCUUAUGAAACAUGAGGUGAUCCACACCGGGAAACGACCCUAUGAGUGUGAGGAGUGUGGGAUGAGCUUCAGGCAGAAAGGCGCUCUUACACAACACCAGAGGAUCCACACUGGUGGAAAGCCCUAUGAAUGUGUGGAAUGUGGGAAGAGCUUCAGCCAGAGCUCUGGCCUGAGGAAACACCAGAGGAUUCACACUGGUGAAAAGCCCUUUGAGUGUGGGGAAUGUGGGAAGAGCUUCAUCCAGAGAUAUCAGCUGAGGGAACACCAAAGGAUCCACACUGGGGAGAAGCCCUACAAGUGUGGGGAAUGUGGAAAGAGCUUUAGAGAAAGCUCAGCCCUGAUCCGGCACCAGGUGAUGCACACUGGGGAAGGGCUCUACACCUGCUUGGAAUGUGGGAAGAGCUUUGGAUGGAGCUCUGACCUGAGAAAGCAUCAGCGCACCCACACUGGGGAGAGGCCCUACGAGUGUACUGAAUGUGGGAAGAGGUUUGUAAGGAGCUCUGAUUGCCUCGUACAUCAGCGAUGUCAUACGGAGGAGAGGCCCUUCCGCUGCCUUGACUGUGGGAAGGGCUUCAAGCUCAACUCACACCUCACUGUCCACCAUCGCAUCCACACCGGGGAGAGGCCCUACAAGUGUCCCCAGUGUGGGAAGAGCUUUUCCAGUAGCUCAGCCGUGACCAAACACCAACGGAGGCACCACUAAGGGAAGCCCCGUGAGUGCUCCAAUAUCGUUAGGUUUUGGGACAGUGAAAUAAUGAUCUGAGACUCAGAGCCUUCAUUGCAGAGCAUAUAGCGAAAGUUUAUUAGAAACACAUUCUUUUUAUGCAGUGCUUUGGUACAAUAAAUGUGAUUGGUCAUUUAGAGCCUA